GUCACAGCGCAGCCGCAGUUUUGUUGUUCAGAAAGUUGUGUCCCACAAUGCAAUGUUACCGGAACUGGAAAUAUUCUCCUUGGUAACUAAACGCGGAAGUUGUGCAGGAGCAGACGACACAAGUGUUUAUUCUGUUUCAAACAAGUUUCAUCAAGUUUCAUCUCGCAUCUAAUAAAGUAAUCCCCCUGAACACCAUGGCAGGACGCAUCGUGAUGUGUGAACCAACAGAGCUGUACAACAUCCUCCAGCAGGCUACAUCAUAUCCAUGCCUCAGUGAUGCCAAUUAUCUCUUGCUUCUAGAUGCCAGGCAGACAAAUGAGUACAAUGAGAGCCACAUCAUCACAUCCAAGAAAGCACCAAGGUCAGCCUUGGGUGAAUUCCUUGUUCCAUAUGAUGGUGAGCUGGAAUGCAAAAUGCAUGUUGUGGUACUGGAUAGCAAGACCCGAAACCUAAAAGAUCAAGAGCCAGCCAUUGCCUGCGCCCAGGUCAUGGCGGAGAUGGGCAGCCGCAAUCCCGCCAAGGUCCUCCGAGGGGGAUACGAGGAGUUCUCUGCCCUCUACCCGUUUCUGCGGACCCAGAAGAUCAUCUACAUGCCCAGGGAGCUGGACCAGCUCAGGCCCUACCCCAUGGAGGUGCUGCCGGGGAGGCUGUACCUGGGGGACUGCCAGCAGGCCUGCCGGGCGGACGUCAGGAAGGACCUCAAGAUCAAGGGGGUGGUGUGCCUGUCGGCCGAGCCCACUGAACUAAACAAUGAGCUGAGCAGUGAUCAGCUGCUUCACAUUCCAGUCACAGAUGAUGAGGAUGGAGACCUGGACCCUCACUUGAACCCAGCCUGUCAAUUCCUUGGUGGUAUUAUAGGUUCAGAGCAGGCUGCCCUGGUCUGCAGUGAUCACGGCCUCAGCCGCAGUGUCUGCGUGGUGUUGGCCUAUCUCAUGGUGUUCUACAAAUGGCCAUUAAAGGAAGCCCACAAACACCUUGCCGGUUGCAAGAGCAACAUCCGUCCCCACCGCUCGUUCGUCCACCAGCUCUCCAAAUGGGAGAAAACCGUCUUCGGGGAGACCCUCACAGACAUCAGUGACCCAAACUUCUAAAUCCUUUGGAGAUUUUUGUAUUUAUUCAAGUACUGGCAUCAUUUUGUUAAAUUUAAUUCUAUAUGGUUAGGGCUCUGUGCAUGAACAAGACAGGGUGUACCUGUUCUACAUGACCCCCGAGGACAGACACACAAAGGGAGAACAACAGAUCCUUUC